CUCUGGCGGCGAGCGACAGCAACGAGGGUUUGGCAGCUCCUUCUUUUGAGGGUCUCCGCGGCCUCGCCGAGGACGCAGUAGACCCUGCUCAGCAGAAAAAACUGUUCGCACUAAUGCCCCGAGUGACUGCAGUAAUAGAAAAGGCGCUGCAGCCCGAGGGCGACGAGGCGGUGGCUGUGAGCGGCCUGGAGCUCAUAGACGACCUGGGCAACUGCUCGGUGAAGAGUGCAGCAAGCAGUGUCUAA